GGCAAGUGCGGCGCAGUCGACCUGGGAGGAGCAAAGAGGAGAGGAGGAGAGAGCAGAGGAGAGGAGAGGAGAAGAGAAGACGAGAGAGGAGGAGAGGAGAAGAGAGAGGAGAGGAGAGAGGAGCGGACCCUGCUGCCGUCGCGAGGAAACACCGCACAGAUGAAGGGACCGUCACGGACAACUACCACACAUCCAUCCCGUCUUUGAUUGGCGCCACACAGCAAACGACAGCUUCUCCCUUCGUCUGAGCGGGAUCGCGCCGUGGCCGUGGGUCUUUCAUCCGCCUGUGUGUGUUUUUUUUUUCCUCCGGGAGGUUGAAUGGAAGCAGCAGCCGAGGGAGCGGUCGGGCUGUCGGAGGCCGGUGAAGGGAGCCCUCUCUCCAUGGCCGCAGCAUCCGAUGAUGCGGACACGGUGGUGGGAGUUAGCUACGGGAUGGACGCCGCGGACAUGGAUGCUGCCGCUAAGAAAGCCUUCAUCACAGAGAUGCCCUCGUCUUCAGGCCAGCCUGGUCAGGGGAAGAAGAUUGGCCACAGAGGGGUGGAUGCAUCAGGCGAAACUACUUACAAGAAGACCACAUCGUCAGCCUUGAAAGGUGCCAUCCAGCUGGGCAUCGGUUACACAGUGGGCAACCUGAGCUCCAAGCCUGAGAGAGACGUAUUGAUGCAGGACUUCUACGUAGUGGAAAGCAUCUUUUUCCCCAGUGAAGGGAGCAACCUCACUCCAGCCCAUCAUUUCCCGGACUUCCGCUUUAAAACGUACGCUCCUGUGGCCUUCCGCUACUUCAGAGAGCUGUUUGGCAUCAGGCCAGAUGACUACCUGUACUCCCUGUGUAAUGAGCCUCUGAUCGAGCUGUCCAACCCCGGAGCCAGCGGUUCGGUCUUCUAUCUAACCAAGGACGACGAGUUCAUCAUCAAGACUGUGAUGCACAAGGAGGCCGAGUUCUUACAGAAACUGCUGCCUGGAUACUACAUGAACCUGAAUCAGAACCCUCGCACUUUGCUGCCCAAGUUCUUCGGCCUUUACUGCGUCCAGUCAGGCGGGAAGAACAUCCGCGUGGUCGUGAUGAACAACGUGCUGCCCCGAGUGGUUCGCAUGCACCUCAAGUACGACCUGAAGGGAUCCACCUACAAGAGGCGAGCGUCAAAGAAGGAGAGGGAGAAGGCCAGGCCCACCUUCAAAGACCUGGACUUCAUGCAGGACAUUCAGGACGGGCUGAUGCUGGAUCAGGACACUUACAACGCACUGGUGAAGACACUACAGAGGGACUGCCUGGUGCUGGAAAGCUUUAAGAUCAUGGACUACAGCCUGCUGCUCGGGGUCCACAACAUGGACCAAGCGGAGAGGGAGAGGCAGAUGGAAGGCUCCCAGGGUGACAGCGACGAGAAGAGGCCUGUGGCUCAGCAGAAGGCCCUGUACUCCACAGCCAUGGAGUCUAUCCAGGGGGGGGCCGCCUGCGGAGGGUCCAUCGACACCGACGACACGAUGGGUGGUAUCCCAGCUGUUAACGGAAAAGGCGAAAGGCUUCUUCUCUACAUCGGAAUCAUCGACAUCUUGCAAUCCUACAGGCUAAUCAAGAAACUGGAGCACACGUGGAAGGCUUUGGUUCACGACGGGGACACUGUCUCGGUCCACCGGCCAGGCUUCUACGCGGACAGGUUCUUCAAGUUCAUGAGCAGCACGGUUUUCAAGAAGAGCUCCUCUUUGAAGUCCUCCCCGUCAAAGAAGGGCCGCGUGUCUCUGACGGUGCCCAAAUGCGUUGGUCCCGGUGCAGCCUGGUCAGCCAGCCAGCUGCCAUCUGAGAGAGACGAGAACAUCUACGACCUGAGAGGAGCUCGGAGCUUCCCAACGCUGGAGGACGAGGGGCGACCCGAUCUUCUUCCAUGUACUCCUCCUUCGUUUGAGGAGGCCACCACAGCCUCCAUUGCCACGACUCUCUCCUCAACCACCUCUCUGUCCAUCCCUGAGAGAUCUCCCUCCGACACAUCCGAGCACCCCCGCUACAGGAGGCACACCCAGUCUCUCAGCCAUGACGGAAGGACCCAGGAGGAGCUGCGUGUGCGCGAGGAGGACCAGCAGACCAUCACAGUGGAGGUGGAGCUGAAGAGACACGACAGUGAGCCCACCAUCUCUGUCCCGCAGCCUUUACCUGAAGCCAGUGAUGUUCAGGAAGUAGCCGUUGUAGAAGCAGCAGCAGCAGCAGCACCACCGCCAUCCGGCUCUUCGUCAGCACCCGAAGUGGCCGCCGCCUCCUCCUCCUCCUCCUGUUGCGCCCCAGCUGCUCCCUCCUCACCCGGGCCAGGCGACGAAGCCCCGUCCAGCCCCAAGGUGGUGGUGGAGGCGGACAGAGCCAGCCAGGUGUCCGGCUCAGGGUGCACCAGUCAGGCUUCAGUCGACGAUGACGAUGACGUGCCAAUCACAGAUAUCUACUUUCCUCCAGAGGACAGGACCUGGGUGUACUCUCCGCUACACUAUGGCUCAGAGUCUAAGGCCCUGCCAGAUGGGGAUUGGGAAAGAGAGACAUAAGUCCUGUUCUCUGGCAGAGAGGAGUGAACGUCUCAGUGGAGAGGACUCAUCCGUCUGAAGUCCAGACCUCAGUGGUAGCAGCGCCAUCUCUGUCUGAACCUGGAUUUAAAACAACACACUGAGAGGAAAAAGUGACUUGAGUACUAAAGGGGGAGAAAAUCCACACAGUGAGGCCAUCACUGAUUUUCCAACCAUCCCUGCCUUUCACCCUUGACUAAUGAAAUUUAUUAUAUCGAUUUAAUAGUUAUGUGUGUGUGUGACAGUGCAUAUGAGGCUGUGGUCUUAUAUGUUUGACAUACUUGGGUGACCGUCAUAACUCAGUGUUGUUCUGUGUGACACGGGCAGAGCCCUCCAGCAGACUUUAAGUUGUCUUUCCCACUCCGUCAGCAGAACAUACGGCCGUGAAGAGAAAGGAGUCGCUGGUUGUGGAAGCUCCGCCAUAUUCAUUUUAUUUACACCAGGUCUUUCCUCAUGAAACACUUAGAGCUAAAGCAGAUUUGUUACAUUGUGUUUACAUUUAUGCAUUUUGCUGAAUAGUGUGAAGCUGUCGGUAGGAGAGGGGAUGUUGACUGCUCCAUUUCAAGUCAAAAUGCUGCGUCGUACGUGUAACAUGCAGACUGCAAAAAGCAUUUUCAAGUCUGAUUGGAUGUUUCUUACCAGAAUGCACCUCGGGAGUUAACUUGGCUCGACUUUAUCAAUGAACGCAGCUGUUCAGCUUUAGUCAUCCAUCCUGGCCACGUUGUAAUGCUGUGAACUGGUUUAACUCGUUUCCAAAACCAGUGGCACACGUGAACAGGUUCAGCCAAUCAGGAUAAAGUUGCCAACAUUAAUUAACUGGCUUUAUACCGUACACCAUAUUCACAUGUUAGGGGCCUUCACUGACAUGUAAUAUGCUUUAUAACAUGUACUGUAUGCUACCUCCCAUACAGUGUAGUAGGCAGUGUGUGAAAUUUAUUGUUGUCUUCUACAUAGUCACAAGAUCAACCUGGAAACCAUUAUCUGGCAGCUGAUAACAGUUUUUUUUUUUUUUUUUUUACAUAGAAAUCUGUCAAGGUCUGUUACACAUUAUCUCAUGUAAAUGUCUCAUACUGAAAGAAUAUACAGUUUUUUAGACCCAAACCAUCGUCUGUAUUCACAUUUACACUCACUUGUGUCCAUGUGCAACACAAAUCUUUUGACUUUUUGCGUACCCUCCAGUAAACAGCGGUGCAGUCACCACAUUUAAAAUUGGCGUGCAGUCUGCCAAUAAACAUGAUGAAGAAGAAGAAUGACUGUGAUCCUACUGCCAUACAGGUAUCUUUGACAUCUGAACAAGUUUUCUGUAGAUCACUUGCUACUGUUGGUCAGAAUCAGUAUCCUAGUAGUAGGUAGUAUUUUGAAAGCAGCCUGUUUGAGGACCCUGCCUGUGCUCACAGAACAAGAGUUAGAGUGAACACGAUCAUUGAUCCCAACAAACGUCUCUGUCAUCCUCACAUUUCUAUCAGUGAAAAUAUGCAGUUAAGUUUUUUUUUUUUUUUGCUUUAGGGAAUAUUUACAAGGGUUGAAUUUGCUGCAAACUAUUAUUUAUUUGUAUUUCCUUGUCAUAUUCAAUGUCACUGGUACUUUUUUCCCACUCUGAAUUCUUUUUUUUUUCUUUUUUUUUUCUAAAUGCAUCCAAAGAACUUUCAGUUGUGAUUAUUUCUUCACUGUUUCAUCUGUUCAGUAGUAUUUAAAUUCUGCAGGUCCAUCAAACAUGAAGUGUUAGAUGAGUAAAUUCAGUGUUACUACGUUCUUCACUACACCCCGUCGCGUUGAAACAACCGAAGCUCAGGCCUUCCAGACAGAAGGCACCACUUACAACACUAAGGCAGCAGACAUUGUCUUUAUAGUAAUAUUCGCAUCAAUGCAAUGUCUUCCAGUGUCGCCCUACUUUUGGACAGAUGCUCUAAACUGAUUAGAAUUUAUUUAAUUUUUCAGGUGGAAAAAUAAUCCUCAUAUCAGUAAGACUUUCUACAUCUGGUCACUCUCACCUCCUCGCAGUAAGAAAUCCAGUCAGCAGACAUUUGAAAUGUUUGUGGACGUAGAGCAUCAGUUGUAGUAUUUGCAUUCGAUAUCGUACCUGUUAUAUGUAUAUUUGAAUGAACACAGCACGUCGCCGUGCCGACUCGCAGAGACGCAACAGUUUGUGAAUGAGCUGAAUGUCGUUUGCACUUGAUAAGAGGACCUGCAGAUGAAACUCGUGAUAGAGGCCAAAUAAACAAACAUCACAUAAUCCAGAGGGCAUAUUUUUCAGCCUAUAGGUAGAUGUUUCUGCUCACACAUGCUGAUAUUUAGACAGAAUUUAUUUUAGGAUUGUGUGCGUGUGUAUGUGUGUGUGUGUGUGCGUGCGUAUGUUGGUGAAGUCAAUCACAGUCAUAGUAGGGUUAGUGUUUACUGUAGUCUCUGUGGCUGACACCGUAGGACUUGCAACUUAAGACUUCAACAGAUUUUUGUUAAACCUCCUCUCUUUCAGUUGGUCGGUACGUUUCUGUGUGCGUUUGUGUAAAAGAGGAAGCAUCGGUGUCGGACACGGUAAAGUAGAAAUGGGUUUGUUCUCAUGACGUGCAGUUGCCAGUCGUAAUCAGUUUGCUGUCGUUCACCAGAUGAAGACCAUAGCAGCAAUAUUUUGUACAGUCUAGCUUUUGAGUUCAUUUUAAUUGCCUUAUUGAGAAAUUUUACAUGUAGGUCUGUUGUUUAUAUCUAUUUUUUUUUUUCACUUGUGCUGUUGUAUUUAUUUUUCUUUCUCAUAGUUGUGCUCCUAAGAAUGUGUACAUAAAACUAUAAAUACAUAUAUAAAGAUAUACAAAUAUAUUUUCCAUUUGAAUCUGAGAAUAUUAUUUUUAUUUGGUUUUAUUUUUGCUGCUGGGCAAGAAAUGAUUGCAAUCCACAUGAUUUACUGUACCAUAUUCUUCAGUGUGUUUAUGGAGAUGCAGCUGCUGUAUAUUUAUGGUCUGUAAACCACAGCUGUUUCUUUGUACGAUAUCCAAAACCGAAAGAUUUGUGGGUUUUACUGUUCAUGCAAAUCAAUAGGGAUUCUUCCAACUGUUCAGCUGUGUUGUGUAUGUGUUUUCAAAUCGCUGUGUGCCCUCGUCCAAUAGGGAGAGUCCUCUACAGAGACAUAGCAUGACUUCAAAAAUGAAUAUGCAUAUCAAAAAUGUGUAUUUAUGUAUAUCUGUGUAUAUUCAUCUAUUUAUACGUGAGGAUAAAUAGAUGGCUGUGUGUGCGUGUGUUUGGACUCAAUCAGAAUGAAUACAAAAUAAAAGCAGUUCUAUGAAUUGUUGUCCAUGGA